AUGACGGACCCGAUUCAACGCGACUGGAACGAAAUGCGCUUUCACAUUCACGACUAUCUUCAACAAGCGUACGAUCAAGGACUUAACCAGGAAAAUCCUUGGUUUGCGGAGAUUGACGAGCUACUACAGCGCUUUCAUCAAUACCACCAACGAUAUCUAUCACAAACUCUUGAUCAGGAAACAAUCGAGCACGAAAUGGUCGGCGCCCGAAAUAUUUAUAUGAGAAUUAUUCGCGAGCUGUCACAAAGAGGAUAUAUAUCCCAGCUUCAUCUCACAAUGGGUGACCACGUGGUUUUCUGGGUGGAUGUUCUUAAUCGCAUCAAAUUUAUCCACGAGGCAUUGGACAUUAUCAAAAUUGGGGAAAGCCGAGUCGUCGAGGAUGACGCCAAAACACUCAUCAAUCAUUGCACGUUUUUGAUAGAGAGAUUUGGAAACUGUUGCUUUUCAGCAGCAGAGCACGCGCAAUGCACGAAAUUCUUGGAGCUGGCCGAAGAAAACUUAUGGAAGUUGAGCCAGCAAACUGAAUUCUAUGCAAUCGUCUCGAUGAAUAUCCGUGCAAAUGACGAAUUUAACCGUCGCGUUCAGCAGGAAAACCAAGAAGGAGACGAAAUGGAGAAUACUCCAAUUUUCACUUACGACAUGUCGGACCAGGAGAAAUUCUUGGCCGUUUGGAAUCAGUACUAUCCACAUAUUAUGGCGUGUAGCUUUCGAGUCGGUUGCUGUCAGAAGUUUGGGAAUGUCUCGCAUUAUCAAGCCCUUAACGGUAUUCUUUUCCGUCUUCAAUGCAUUAAUUCUACAUUCUUGGAGCAAAUCACAAACCCCAUACCAUUCGACGAGUUUUAUACCAAGUAUAACAUGACACUUCUUGUCAAUCUUGGCUCAUGCGUUCACGAAAUUGAGCAGAUCAGCGAGCAAAUCAACAAUGGAACCUGA